ACUGAAGCUGACUUAAAAAGUAUAUGACGUGGCAAAAAACUAGCCAUAAUCCUCCCACAUUUAAGAAAAAAUCAAAAUCUAUCUCUACAGUAUCCAGAAUCCAAUCCGCACCGUUCAUUUUCUAAAUCCAACGGCCACUUACCACUCAUAUCCCUUACCAUAUCUAACCUUUUAUUGCAAAAGCACUGCAAUGUAGCUCUCUCGUUGCUGAUACUGUCAAGCCUCUCUUUCACGUACUGUCUCUGAAAUGAGCUCCAUUGCUUUCAAACCCUUCACCGGCCUCCGCCGUAGUUCCGCCGUGCCCACCACUACCAACACUACCCCCUCCAAACCUGUAAUCAAAUUCCAUGUGUCAGCCGCCAAAACCUCUCCAAAAUUAAGCAACCGUGACCUAAGGGUAGCUGUCAUAGGCGGCGGUCCGGCCGGGGGCGCAGCCGCUGAAACGCUCGCAAAGGGUGGCAUCGAAACGUUCCUUAUCGAGCGCAAACUGGACAACUGCAAACCUUGCGGUGGAGCCAUCCCACUUUGCAUGGUGGGUGAGUUUGACCUGCCAUUGGACAUCAUCGACCGGCGAGUCACCAAAAUGAAGAUGAUUUCGCCUUCCAACAUAGCUGUUGACAUCGGUCAAACGCUGAAGCCGCAUGAGUAUAUUGGGAUGGUGAGAAGGGAAGUGUUGGAUGCUUACUUGAGAGACAGAGCAAAGGAGAAUGGGGCUAAUGUCAUAAAUGGGUUGUUCUUGAAGAUGGAUAUGCCUAAGCAUUGGGAUGAGCCUUAUGUUUUGCAUUACACGGAGUAUGAUGGGAAGAAGGGUGCUAUGGGGGAGAAAGUUACUUUGGAAGUCGAUGCUGUGAUUGGAGCUGAUGGGGCUAAUUCUCGAGUCGCUAAAGCGAUUAAUGCUGGCGAUUAUGAUUAUGCUAUUGCAUUUCAGGAGAGAAUCAAAAUCCCUGAUGACAAAAUGGUGUACUAUGAGAAUCUUGCUGAAAUGUAUGUAGGCGACGAUGUCUCACCAGAUUUCUAUGGUUGGGUCUUCCCCAAAUGUGAUCAUGUUGCGGUUGGAACUGGCACAGUGACUCACAAGAGUGACAUCAAGAAGUUCCAGCUAGCCACUAGAAACAGAGCAAAGGACAAGAUCCUUGGCGGUAAGAUUAUCCGAGUGGAAGCACACCCAAUUCCUGAGCACCCUCGUCCACGUAGGUUAUCAGGGAGAGUAGCCUUAGUUGGGGAUGCAGCUGGAUAUGUGACAAAAUGUUCAGGCGAAGGUAUCUACUUUGCAGCUAAGAGUGGGAGAAUGUGUGCUGAGGCCAUUGUCGAGGGGUCACAGAAUGGGAAGAAGAUGGUGGACGAAGGGGACUUGAGGAAGUACUUGGAGAAGUGGGACAAGACAUACUGGCCUACUUACAAGGUUCUGGAUGUCUUGCAGAAGGUCUUCUACAGAUCCAAUCCUGCAAGGGAAGCUUUUGUAGAGAUGUGCGCAGAUGAGUAUGUGCAGAAAAUGACAUUCAACAGUUACUUGUACAAGACAGUGGCACCCGGGAAUCCAUUGGAGGAUCUAAAGUUGGCUGUGAAUACGAUCGGGAGCUUGGUGAGAGCCAAUGCACUUAGGAAGGAAAUGGAAAAGCUAAACAUAUGAGAUAUUCUCACUGGUUUCGGGUAACUGGUCUUUGUUAGAGUGAUGCUCCUUUCCUUCUUACCACUUUGCUUGUGAGAGAUCAUCUUUGUAUUUAGAAGAACAAAGUUGCAUUUCUAUUUAAUUCCAUAGAUCAUAAUGAUGUUCAAGUGA